AGCAGUUAAACGGCAGUGGAAUUUAGCGCUGUUAGUGGAAAUUUUGUGAAAACAAAAGAGGAAAAAUUCCAGGCAGCCGGCGCCAUGUCCGCUGGCAAUGUGAGCCUCGAUCUUGGCCCGCCUCGCGAUCCGCUGGCCAUCGUGAUACCCGUAACGGUGGUCUACUCCCUGAUUUUCAUCACUGGUGUGGUGGGCAACAUAAGUACGUGCAUUGUGAUUAAGAAGAACCGUUCGAUGCACACGGCCACGAACUACUACCUCUUCUCGCUGGCCAUCUCGGACUUCCUGCUCCUGCUGUCGGGCGUUCCGCAGGAGGUGUCCUACAUCUGGUCCAAGUACCCGUACGUGUUUGGCGAGUACAUCUGCAUCGGACGCGGUCUGUUGGCGGAGACAUCGGCGAAUGCCACGGUGCUAACGAUUACGGCCUUCACGGUGGAGCGGUAUAUUGCCAUUUGCCAUCCGUUUCUCGGCCAGGCCAUGAGUAAGCUCAGUCGCGCCAUUCGGAUCAUCGUCCUGGUUUGGAUCAUGGCCAUAGUUACGGCCAUUCCGCAGGCUGCCCAAUUCGGAAUCGAGCACUAUUCGGGAGUGGAGCAAUGCGGCAUUGUGCGGGUUAUAGUGAAGCACUCGUUCCAGCUGUCCACGUUCAUCUUCUUCCUGGCUCCGAUGUCCAUUAUCCUGGUGUUGUACCUGCUGAUCGGUGUGCACCUGUACAGGUCGACCCUGGUGGAGGGUCCCGCCUCGGCUGCCCGGCGGCAGCAGCUGAAGAGUGUGCCCAGUGAUACGAUCCUCUAUCGCUAUGCCGGAUCCGCUACCGCCAUGAGUCUCAAUGGAGGAGGCAGCGGAGGAGGGACAGCGGGAUUGAUGGGCGGCUCGGGGGCUCAACUCAGCUCGGUGAGAGGUCGGCUCAAUCACUAUGGCACCCGGCGAGUACUCAGGAUGCUAGUGGCCGUUGUGGUGUGCUUCUUCCUGUGCUGGGCCCCCUUCCACGCCCAGCGACUGAUUGCCAUCUACGCCCCUGCACGGGGGGCCAAACUGCGGGAUCAGCACGAGUUUGUCUACACGGUGAUGACCUACGUCUCCGGAGUCCUCUACUACUUGUCCACCUGCAUCAACCCGCUCUUGUAUAACAUCAUGAGCCACAAGUUCCGAGAGGCCUUCAAGGCCGUGCUGUUUGGCAAGAAGGUGUCCAAAGGUUCGCUGAACUCGCGAAACAACAUCGAAUCGCGCCGCCUGCGGAGGGCACUAACCAAUUCCAGUCAAACGCAGCGCUUCUCCAUUGAGUCGGCGGAGCAGCCGAAGCAGUCACAGUCGAUAAUGCAAGCAAGUGCCCCCUAUAAUCAGUGGAUAGUUCCGAUAUUAACUGGCUCCCUCUCUCUCUCUAUAUAUAUGUAUGUACUCCACAUCCAGAAUCCGACGAACAAACCGCCAGUGGCCCCUCAGUACGCCAUGAUCAGUGCCCAAGUCAACUGAUAAACUCGAACUGACUCUCUCGUGCGGCUUCCUGAUGCUAAUUUAUUUGAAUUCUGUUUAAGCCAGUUAUUUGUCGUCUAUUGCUAUUGUUGCUAUUGCUGCUACCAAAGCGUUUUGUUUCAACUGCAUUUGCAUUCUUUUGCAUUUCGCAAUUAAAAGUUAAUCGCAGUCGAGCGCACUCUCUCCCUUGAGCAUUAGGUUUUUCAUUCAUUCAGCUGCGGAUAUCGGCUGGAAAAAGUCCUAAACUAGUCUUUCAAGUAUUCAGAAUUACUCAGUCUAAGAAUAUUCGAUCUUUUGACUCAUACUAUUCAGCAUACUGGCGCUCUUAAAAUUAAACUUUAGUCAGAGCUGGGGGAUUUACUCUUAAACAAGCCUGAGGCGUUUAUAAACCUAAUAACAUUAUCGAUAAUGGUAAGCAUAAAUCAAUCACUAGUGAACGCCCACCACUUAAAUAUAGGAACGUAAUUUAAAAACAAAAAGCUAAUCCAUUGAAAUGUAAUAACUUGUUCUUUUAAAUUAUAUUUAAAUUGCCUAGAUAUAUAUUUUAGUUACCCAAAUGUUUCACAUACAUACCAAAGUGUAAGACAGAUGUGCUUUUAAAGUGUAUAAUUAAGAAAAUGAUAUAAAAUCUUGGUUUAUUCUCUAUAUUAUAUUGAACCACCUUUAGGAAUAAGAUUUCAAAGAUUUAGCUUUCAACUCAAAUCAAAUGACGGACAAAGUUCGCUUACUAAUCAGAAGCACAGAACAUAGUAUAUGUGUUGUGUAAAUAUCCUAGAGAUACCUUAAAGGAUGAAUUUGCUGUAUUAAGA